CUGUCUUGCUAUAGACGAUAGUCGAGUUAUCGACUUUUUUAGAGUUUUUUUUUCGAUAAAAAGUCGUUUGUUUUAUUAUUCAAAAGUCGAACCCUACCUUAUUAUUAAAAUACAUCUUGGCAAUAAUUACAACAGCUGUUGUGGUACAAAAAAUAAACAAAAAUCCUAGCACCGGUAGAGUAAAAAACUAUUUUGAUCGGUUAAGAACAACAUAUAUUCCAUUUUGUUGUAAAAUUUUAUAAAAAAAUAUUGCAGUGAUUUAUAAAAAUUAAGCAACUAACACCUGGUCUAGUGCCCCACUUUUGUUAUCCAAGUGAGGGCAAAGAUGUCGGAGAAAGUUACUAAAUUGGCUUUGGCCAGUCGUGUUAUAGUAGCUGUCUUACAAUUGAUAACCAAUACUGCUUUACCGGAUCAUAAAAAUGAUGUUUUUCGUGCUCCCUUAGCCGACAACAACAACAACAAACGCUCUUGGCUGGACAAAACUAUAGAUUUUACUUUGGGCGGUUUUCGUCAUUGGGAUGGUGAAUAUUUUCUUCAUAUAGCCGAAUAUGGCUAUAGCUAUGAAAACACUUUAGCUUUUUAUCCUCUCUAUCCGAUCAUAGUGGAAAUUUUGGCCAAAAUGUUACAUUAUCUUAUGGACGAAUUUAUGUGCAUGCGCAGCUGUUGUUUACUCAUGGCAGUUCUGCUUAAUGUUGUGCUAUUCUGUAAGGCAGCCAAUAUUUUGUAUGUACUAACACAACGUAUUUUCAAUGAUUUAAACAAAAGCUGGAAUGUGGUAUUAUUAUUUUGUUUUAAUCCUGCCUCUAUAUUCUUUUCGGCAGCCUAUUCCGAAUCUUUAUUUUGUUUACUAACUUUCUAUAUAAUGCUAGAGUGUUGUAUGGAAAUACGUUUUGUACGUUCCUCUUUGGCCUUGGCUUUAAAUAUUAUCGCCAGAUCUAAUGGUUUGGUUAAUUUUGGUUUUCCUGUUUACUUUCUUAUGCGUAAAUACAUUUUAAAACAAACCCAUUUUUUGGCCAACUUUUUGAAAUUAUUAGCUUGUUUACUGUUGGCAUUAAUACCCUGGACUUUUUUCAAUUUUUUUGCUUUUCGUCAAUUUUGUUAUACUGAUAAUGCGGUAAACCAUACCCAGGCCGUCUUAUCCUAUGCUCGAGAAAAACAAUUUGUCUUGGCCGGCCAACGUUUAGCACAACAUUCCACCUGGUGUGAUAACAUUUUACCCUUUCCCUAUUCCUAUAUACAAUCACACUACUGGCAGGUGGGUUUUCUUAAAUAUUACGAAUUUAAACAGCUGCCGAAUUUCUUAUUAGCUUUACCUAUACUAUCUUUCCUUAGUUGGCAUUGUUUUGUUUAUUUAAGACAUUUUAUUAUGAAAUUUAUUACCAAAUAUCCUCUUGCUCUUCUUAUAAAAGAAUAUAAAACUUUACCUUUUGUUUUACACUCUACCUUUUUAACUUUGUUUUGUAUAUUCUUUGUUCACAUACAAAUUUCUACGCGUUUACUGUGUUCGGCUACUCCCACUUUAUAUUGGUUUGCCGCUGAUUAUAUGCCCAAAUCUUUAGAUAAAUUAAAAUUGAAAUCCAAGGCAGGUUUGAUAUUUGUUUGGUUUGCUUUUUAUGUUAUAGUGGGCACCUUACUGUUUAGCAAUAAUUUGCCCUGGACUUGAAUUACUUAGAAAACAACAACAAAAAACUUUAACCAAAACUUCUAUCGCAAAAAAAGACCUGUUUUUUAUUUCCAAAAAGAACACCAUCUACCUGUUAUAGUAAAUUUUUAUUAUUUAAAUAAAAUUAUUAAAUUUUCUUUUAAAUAAUUUAUUUAUUUAUUUAAAGA